CUCGACUUCAAGAGGCUGCAGAUUCGAUGGUGAAGCUGGACCACUGCAGUCUUCAGCGGAUUGAGCUGAGCAGGUUCUGUAGCAAGUUCUGCUGAGCAUCCCUCCCAGCAUGGCUACGAGGCUGGCCGGGAGCUAUCAGGUGCCCUGCGCCCCACCGCACACCGCCGCGCAUGGCCUCCCCAGUCAUGGUGAUGCAAUGGAUGUCUUCGUGGCUUCCAAACAAAGCCGCCUGGACCAAGAUGUUUGGUUCGGAUGCCGGCUCACGUCAGGGCGGUUCCCAGUGCGGUCGUCGCGCCCGCCAGCUUGCACCCUGCCUGGCGCUAGCACCACAUUGGGCGGAGGCAGUGCCGAAUGCAGUUGCUCGGGGCAGGAGGAGCUGAGACAUCUUCGAUGGGGGCUCUUGCGGAAAUUCGAUGAUAGCACCACCCUAAAUAGGUCGCACAUGUGGUUUUCAGACCGAGACGGCCCAAUCUCAAGGCGUGGAAGUCAGAAAGGGCGUUUUCGGUCACGGCCGCUCCGUUCCGUUAGAGCCGAAGCCAUAUCCGCAGACGACGAGCGCCCGGGCAGCACUGAAAGUGAGGCGGUGGCCAGCACGAGUGGGCGGGCAGAUUUGAGCACAGGUGCGCUGGGGGGGGAUGGCGCCACGCUGCGCGACACGCGGGAGCUGGUCGAGGUGGCCAUGCUGGCAGCCACCACAGGGCUGGCCUACGCUCUCUCCACCCUGCUGCGCCUCGAGGGCUACUUUGCGACCUUCUUCCCGCUGCCUCUGGUGGUGGCAGCCAUCCGCGGCAACGUGCGCGCAGCCGUCAAGACCCUGGUGGCGACCACUCUGCUGCUGUUUGUCCUGACGGGCCCUCUGCGCGCCGUCCUCUAUGUGGUGUCGUAUGGCUCGCUGGGCCUGGCGAUGGGCGCCGGCUGGAGGCUGCGUGUGCGGUGGUUGCCGUCGGUGCUGCUGCUGGCGCUGGUGCGCGUGGCCAGCCUGCUGGCCUCCCUCGCGGUCUCCUCCUGGCUCCUCCGGGAAAACAUCCCCCGCCUGAUCCUGACCCAAUUCCACGCCAGCCUGACGGCCAUGUUCCACACGGUGGGCCUCCCCUCCGGGCCCAGCAUGCCCACCGUCUGCGGCAUCGCCUCCGCAGCACUGCUGUUCAACAGCGCCAGCUACGUGUUUCUGCUCCACAUCCUGUACACCAUCCUGCUUAAGCGCCUCGGCCUACAAGUGGCCCCCGCCGCCCCCGCCUGGGUGGUCAAAGCGGGGGGAGGGCCUGCGAAUAAGCGAUGAGCUCCAAGCCGACAACGGCCUUCCGAUAUGGAGCAAGGUGACCUGACAAGCGUCUUGUACAUAGCGAUGGCAAGACGCUCUGGUUGGUCCGGGUUGGGGAGGCAAGGUACCCGGGUCAAGAGAAGCUCACUCACUGCACGAGGAUUGGAUAGAUUGGACGGGGCAUCGAAAAGUUUCCAUCGCUUAUAGCAGAGUGUACCCUCUUGCCCGAGACUUCUGGGUAGGACCAUUUUGCUGGCAUGCUCGAGCUGCGCGUUGUCACCAUCAAUGGCUAGGGUAAGGUCAUUUGAAAGUGAACCCCCUAUGUUCAGUCCAGAGCCCCUCGGGACCUAAACGGCCAAGCCCCCCCCUCCUCCGGCCAGCCUGCAGCUCAGGAUAAGCGGAGCCCGCCUCCCCCUCCCGCUGCCCAUGUCGUGGCAAACACCCAACCCCCCACCCUCUGAAGUGAACAUAGGGGGUCAGCUUCAAAAUGACCUCACCUUGCCGUGCAUAGCUAGAA